AUGAACUCAUACAUAAUGACAAAUCAACCAAUAAUCUUUAAAGAUUCACAACAAUCAAAUAAAGAUAAUUUAAAAUUAAUUCAACCAUUGGUCAAUAAUAAUAAUAAUAACACUAAUAAUCAAAUUAAAUAUUCAAAUGUUCCAAUGACAAGAAGAAAUUACACUUAUAUGGCUAACGUGAACGUUCCAUCCGUAACUCAUAUUAUUGCACCAGCAAAUCAACCACAUUUACCAACUUUUAAUAAUAAUGGUAACUACAUUUCAACAAAAUUACCAAGAGUAUUACCACCACCAAAUACUUCAUACUAUACUUCAACUGUUCAUCAGAAUAAUAAUAAUAAUAACAUCACUCCAAUUACCUCUUCUUCUUCUUCUUCAGGAAAUAGUGAUGUUGGUACUCCAAAUAUAAUUCAAAGAAGAAAAUCUCUACUUUCUGGAAAUGAUUCCUCUUCUUCUCCUGUUUAUAACGGUGAUUCAAUUUCACCAUCUUUACCACCUUUUAAAUCAUUUGAUUCUACAAGAAGACAUUCUGUAAGUUUGGCUGUAUUAGAUGAUCCAAUUCAACAAUUGAGACAAUCUCAACAACAACAGCAAUCAACUAUGGGUGUAAUUGUAAAAGAUGAAAAUAAUAAUUUAAUUGUUCCUUUAGUCCAAAUGCAACAAGAAAGACUUUCUGUACCAAAUAUUAAAACAGAAAGUGAAAUACUUUUACCAAAUGACAUUGCUCUUCAUAAUGUUGGUGAAAGAUAUAAUGAUAAAGGUGAAUUGAUUGGUAGAUCAGGUAAAGUUUUGCGUGAUACAAAGAGAGCCGCUCAAAAUCGUUGUGCUCAAAAAGCAUUUAGAAUACGUCGUGAAAAAUAUAUUAAAAAUUUAGAAAUUAAGUCAAAACAAUUUGAUGGUAUUGCAAGUGAAAAUUCAAAAUUAAAAUCAAGAAUUGAAGAACUUGAAAAAUUAUUACAAAAUUCAAAUUGA